GGCACGGAAAAUAUCAUGUUGAAGAUGAGCGGGUGGCAGCGACAGAGCCAAAAUCAGAGCUGGAACCUGAGGAGAGAGUGUUCAAGGAGGAAGUGUAUCUUCAUACAUCACCACACCUGAAAGCAGCACAAAAGCAGCCAUAAUACGUAAAUACACAGAUGUGGCUGUGUUCCAAUACGACUUUAUCUACAAAAACAGGCAUCAG